UUCAGGGACGUGGGAGAAGCAGCCUCUGGUGGGCUGCCUUCCCUUUCCUGCUGGCAAAGGCAAGGGUGGAUCCAUGGCUGGCUUGCCACUCUCUGCCUCCGCCCCCAGGUCCUGCCCAUUGGUUCCCUGGGUUGCAGCUUCCAGCCUCUUUUGCAAGGAGCCAGCCAAGGGACUGGGAGUUGUGACGCUCCAGAGCAGGAUUGGCCAUCCCAGGUGUCCAGAACAGAGCCCCCAGCAAAGUCCUGCCCACAUUACUACUGACUAACAACUGUUCGUGUGAACACUCGCUGGUGCAAAAGGUUCCAUCUUGGCUUUCUUCUGGGGCACAGCAGCUUGCAUUGCUGUCUUCCUUCAGGAUUGGCCCACAAGCCUUCUGGAGAAAGUUGGCCAAUUUAGAGACCCCUGGAGAGCUGGAUCUUGCAUUGCUGCCUUCCUUCAGGAUUGGGCCACAAGCCAGUUGUAUUCCUGCCUUCCUUCAGGAUUGGCCCACAAAUCUUCUGGAGAAAGUUGGCCACUUUAGAGGAAGAGCUGGAUCUUGCAUUGCUGCCUUCCUUCAGGAUUGGCCCACAAGCCUUCUGGAGAAAGUUGGCCACUUUGGAGACCACUGGAGAGCUGGAUCUUGCAUUGCUGCCUUCCCUCAGGAUUGGCCCACAAGCCAAUUGCAUUGCUGCCUUCCUUCAGGAUUGGCCCACAAGCCUUCUGGAGAAAGUUAGCCACUUUGGAGACCCCUGGAGAGCUGGAUCUUGCAUUUCUGCCUUCCCUCAGGAUUGGCCCAAAAGCCUUCUGGAGAAAGUCAACCACUUUGGAGGCCCCUGGAGAACCGGAGGGGCCUCAGGCUAAGCUGGCCCAAGGCAGCAAUGCCACACACCCCACGCCAGCGCUUGCAGCCCCGCGCACCAGUAUGGUCCGAGACAGAAACGCGGGAUUUCCUGGCCCUCUGGGGUGAGCUCCUGAUCCUACGGUGGAUUGAAAACCGCCCGCCCAACAGUGACAUCUACGAAGACCUCUCGGCCCAAAUGAUGGCCCGAGGUCACGAGCGCAACGCCUCGCAAUGUAGGAACAGAGCUCGGGAUCUGAAGCGAAGCUACCGGAGGGCCAAGGAUGCGCAAGUAUGUGCCGGAGCAGAACCAGUGUCCUGUCGCUACUUCCGAGAGUUGGAUCGGAUGUUCGGAGGUGAAAUGGAUGGCGUGGCCAAUCGAAGCCUGGGCAGCAUGGACGGGUCCAGGCGCGUUGUCGUGAAGACCGAAGAUGCUGAAGAUAUGGAGGCCCAAGUCUCUGAGGAAGAGGGCAACCAAAUGACGCCACCAAACACGCUUUCGAGCAUGGAUGCUGACACUGACACAGAAACAGAACCCAACUUGGGUAUCUCGCGAGAGCUGGUGGGCUCAGACCCGGAUGUGAUUGAAACCACAAUUGGAGAGGAGUGCUCUGAAGAAAAAACAGUGCCUUUACGCAGACAACCAGUCGCUGGCCCCAGUGAAGAUGGGCAUCAUGUUGCAACUGGCCGGGGUAGACGGGAGAAUAGCCUCGGGCGUCCUCUGACGACAGCAGAGAGAAUGGCAUCCAUGCGGGAGAGGAAGCGGCGGUCACAUGAAGAAAUGAUGCAUGAGAUCAUGACGGACUACAGGAGGACCUGGGAAACCAUGGAGGCACUUCACGAAAGAGGCGAAGUUAGUGCUGGGGAGUUUCGAGAAGCAAUGCUGAGGGAAAUGCUUCUGGAUCGAGAAGCUCGGACCCGAGAAGCCCAGCUCGAUCGGGAAUCCCGGGCCCGGGAGGCCCAGUUGGACCGAGAGGCGAGGGCCAGGGACAGCCAACUGGAGAGGGAGAUCAGGAUUAAGGAGCUCAACAUGAUCGAAGCGGAGUUGCAGCGCACCAGGGAUCUCCUCCAUCCCAUGGUUGACGCUGUGGUUUCCGUUGCUGAGAUCUUGCGUACAACGGGCAAUAAACUACGACAGUCUUGUCAACCGAACCAAAGUGAAGAAGGUCCCUUUUUGGAAUUGGGAGAGAACAAAUAGUUCCUCACCCCGUGUUUUCUUUGGGCAAUAGUUUAUAGUGACUGUGUUGGACAAAAUACAGGGAGGACAAGUUGGGAGAUGGUGAGAAGAUGACACCUUCAAGUGUAUGAAACUCUAAACGAUGCUGGUUACAUUUGGAAGGAAUUAUCUCCUCUCUUGUAACAAGUGCAGCUGCUCCAGUUCAUUAUAAUUUAAGAAAAAUAAUGUAAUACUAGAUUAUUUGAGGGGGGGACCCCAAAAGGAGCUUGUCAAUCCAAAUUUUCUCUUUUCUAAUGUUGACCAGUGCCAAAAGCUAAAUGGCUUGAGUAUCUGGCAACAUUUCCGAGAGCAUUCUCCCACAAACUAGUGCUUGAAGAACUUACCUUUUUGGAUUCCAACCCCCAGGAUCCCCCACCUAACGUGAUGAGUAGCGAUGCUGCCUGGAGGGGAUUCUAGGGGUCUGAAUACAGGAAAAAGGCUUUCCCAAACUCUGUCAGUAACACAAUUUCUAGUACAAAAUUUAUUUGAAAUUGAGAAUUGGUUCUGUAACUGUGCAUUAUUUCCCAUCACAGGUGUAUUAUUUCCAUUCCAAAUCUUCAUAAGCAAGAUUACAUUCUUUUAUCAUGUGGAGACGAACUAUAGUGCAGAACUCCUGACAUUAUCCCCUGUUUGAACCCUUCUGAGAGAGGAGAUUCCAUCUGAACAUGAGGAAGAACUUCCUGACUGGGAGAGCCGUUCAGCAGUGGAAAUCUCUGCCCCGAAGUGUGGUGGAGGUUCCUUCUUUGGAAGCUUUUAAACAGAGGCUGGAUGGCCAUCUGUCAAGGGUGCUUUAAAUGCAAUAUUCCUGCUUCUUGGCAGGGGGUUGGACUGGAUGGCCCAUUAGUCUCUUCCAACUCUAUGAAUCUAUGAUUCCAUGAUUUUGAGAGCUACUGUGGUGGGUAUGGUUUUUUGAUAAUGAAAAACUGAUGAAAUUUAAAAUGGAUUGGUAUGAAACUGUUUAGAUGUGGAAACUGGGAAUGAGGCACUGGGUUGUGUAUAAAUAUAGAACUUUCUCCAGAAACCAAGGGCUUAUAUAGCAACUGAAUUUUUUUAAGCUCAUUGGAUUUGGAUCAGUACUGGCAGAACUGUCCAAUAAUUUAGCUCUUACAAAGAUAUUAAAUCAGAUUGGGUUUCGAAUGAAUUCAGUUACAGAAUGGAACUUGUUCCAUAAAGUUUUUUUUAAUGUGAAUAAAGUUUUAUGAGAAAA